AAGUGCGCCUGCGCGUGUCCGCCCCAUCCUCCACUGCAGGGCUCGGGUGGCGGUUGGUGCUUGCUGUCCUGCGCUCGUGGCUCGGCUGUGUGUGCGCGGGAUGGCGAGCGCCUCGACCCUGGCGGGGAGCUCUGCGCUGGGGCUGGGCGCUGUUGGGGGGCCCGGGCCGUGGGGUAGCUCGGCUGGGGGCCCGUUCCACUAUGUGGCCGGGAUGCAGGAGCUGUUUCGGAGCCACAGCAAGACUCGCGAGUUCCCGGCGCACAGCGCCAAGGUGCACUCGGUGGCCUGGAGCUGUGACGGGCGCCGCCUGGCCUCGGGCUCCUUCGACAAGACGGCCAGCGUCUUCUUGCUGGAGAAGGACCGGCUGGUAAAAGAAAAUAACUACCGAGGGCAUGGGGACAGCGUGGAUCAGCUUUGUUGGCAUCCGAGUAAUCCAGACCUCUUUGUUACUGCAUCUGGGGACAAAACUAUUCGCAUCUGGGAUGUUAGAACUACAAAAUGCAUCGCCACUGUGAACACUAAAGGGGAGAAUAUUAACAUCUGCUGGAGUCCUGAUGGGCAGACCAUUGCUGUGGGCAAUAAAGAUGAUGUGGUGACUUUCAUUGAUGCUAAAACCCACCGUUCAAAAGCAGAGGAGCAAUUUAAAUUUGAAGUAAAUGAAAUCUCCUGGAAUAAUGAUAAUAAUAUGUUCUUCCUGACAAAUGGCAAUGGUUGUAUCAACAUUCUCAGCUAUCCUGAGCUGAAGCCUGUGCAGUCCAUCAAUGCCCAUCCCUCCAAUUGCAUCUGUAUCAAAUUUGACCCCAUGGGGAAGUACUUUGCCACAGGAAGUGCUGAUGCACUGGUUAGCCUUUGGGAUGUUGAUGAAUUAGUGUGUGUGAGAUGUUUUUCCAGAUUGGAUUGGCCAGUGAGAACCCUCAGCUUUAGCCAUGAUGGGAAGAUGCUGGCAUCGGCAUCUGAAGAUCACUUUAUUGACAUUGCUGAAGUAGAGACAGGUGAUAAGCUCUGGGAGGUGCAGUGUGAGUCCCCAACAUUCACGGUGGCCUGGCAUCCGAAAAGACCUCUUUUGGCAUUUGCUUGUGAUGACAAAGAUGGCAAAUAUGACAGCAGCCGGGAAGCAGGGACUGUGAAGUUAUUUGGGCUUCCUAAUGACUCUUAAAAGGAGAUUGGAGUGUCCAGUAUGCAGAGGGAAGUGUACUGAUUCAGAAGAGAGGCUGGGAUAAAGGCCUGGGAAAGUCAGGCAUCAUUUUGUCUAGUUUAUUUGGUCUGUUUCUCUUGGAGUACAUUCUCCCCCAGCCCCAAACAUCCCAGUAGAAAAGGAAAGUUGUUUCUGUGUCCAUCCAUUUGAAUAUAAUAGCAUAUCUGUCAGUAUUUUUGUGGGAGUCGUGGUGUAGUAGAGUUUCCAUUGUAGUAAUCUGUUAAUGCAAUGAGCACUGCAUUUAGAGUCAGAGCAGUGGAAAGAAGACUGGAUUUGAGAUAGGAGGCCUGUAUUCACAGUUUAGUUCUGCUACUACUUAGAACUUUGUCUCUCUGCGUGUAAGUUUUCUCAUUUUUAAAAUGAGGGAUUUAGAUGAUUAAAUCCUAUUAUCUUCCUUUCUCAGGGGAUUGUCCUAUGUACUUCAGAAUCGUAGGAGUUUCUACAGGUAGCUGAAUAGUCUGACCAAUUUCUUCCUUUUUUUGUAUUGCCUUUAAUUUUGAAAAGAUGUUGUAAAGCUACAUUUCGUGUUGGUCUUAAGAGGUGACAGCCUCACUUCUUGAUCAAAGAUUGCAUGCCCAUAUCAGUAACUUCAUCUUGAAGAGAGAUGAAAAAGAAACACUGGUGCCUUAGUACCACACUCCUGACAAUAAUAGCUCCCUGCUUUGUAAAGAGAAGGGGUUUGGAUUAGAUGAGAUGACUUCUAAAUUCCUGUGACCAUUUUUUAUAGCACUUGGUUUACAAAAUACUUUAUUCAAAGUAACCCUAAAGGGUGGAUGGAGAGGUUGUUAUCCUCAUUUUACUGAUGAUUUAGCUGUGGCAUAGAGAGGCUAAGUAGUUUGCCCAGGGGUCACACAGCUAGUGAAGUAGGUAUUUCUGCCAGAGUGAUUGUAGGGCAUGAUUUCAGGAUCCAAGUUGCUACCUCAUUUGGGUAUCCCCAUAUGUGACGUGUGUCUUGAAAGCGCUUCUCUGCUCAUACUCAUUCUUCUUGUGGGACCAGGGUGGUGAAAAGGGAUGUAACAUUUUGGGGAAAGUAUUUUUUAAGAGUAAUUUUGAUUAUUUCAGCUUUUAAUAAAAGUUAAAUUUUUGGGCGUUCUUACAUUUUA